AUGUUAUCGGUGGUCCAUAAACAGCGUUAUAUGAUUGAAGAAAGUCAAUUUCAUUCAGUUCCAGAACGACAAACACUAUCAUCAACAAGUAAUCAGAAUAAUAAUAGCAACAAUAGUAAUAAUAAUAAUGCUAGUAUGAAAAUGAAUCCUAUUGUUACACCGGCAAUUGGUUAUACAAAUAAUAUUAAUCAUUAUCUUAUUUUAUCAGAUACACAAUCAACACCAUCACCAAGCACUCGUUCAAUACAAAAAGAUUCAUCAACUAAUAAUCCAACAGCAGAACCAGUGAUCACUAACAACAGCAGUAGUAGUACGACAGCAACGAUUUCAUCGACAAAAUCGAAUCGAAUACUAUAUGGUCCAUCGUUGCCUUCAUCAACGACACAGAAUAAAAUUGAAUCAAAUGAAUCAUCAACAUCGACGACUGGACGUACAAUUAAAUUGUCGAAUAAUCCAAAUGAUCGUUAUGAAUCAUCACAAGCAUUGAAUGUAUCAACACCACGGGAAAGUCCACCAACAAAUAAAAAAGAUACAUCGACGACGAUCGAUAGGUAUACAUUAGUGGUCUGCGUGAUCGUCGAUUUCACGAUCACGGUCACGAUCACGCGUGGUCGUGCGUGA